AUGGAGGAGGCCGGGGGCGGUCAGGAGCUGCGGGUCGGCUCGCUGGUGCCGGUCCUGGUGGAGCAGAUGGUGAACGACACCCUGGUGGUGACCCUGAGCUGCGGGGAGAGGAGCUAUAGCGGGGUUCUGCUGGACUGCAGCAAGAGGUCCGGGUUGUUCUGUGUGCCACCAGUUCUUGCUCCAAAAAACGAAGACCCUUCCCCCAACAGUUCCUGUAACAGUAUUCCCGAAGAUGCCAGUUUUUCACACCCGUUAUCUGAUACCCCUCUUCAAGACACUGGUCUCCCCAUAACAAGUAACACUGAUCAAGUUCCUUCGCUACUACCACCUCCUGGAACUGCACCUUCUUAUCCUCCUUUCUUUGAAGAUGCCCCCUUUCCCCCUCCCUUAUGGCUGAGGCACUCCUACAAUCAGUGGGUGCCUCAACCUCCACCUCGUACUAUUAAAAGGACAAAAAGGCGAAUGACAAGGAACAGAGACCCUGGGCGGCUCAUAAUGAGCACGAUAAGGCUACGGCCUAGACAAGUCCUUUGUGAGAAAUGUAAAAACACAUUAAAUUCAGACGAACUUGCUAAAGACAAACAAAAUGCUAGGAGCAGCAGGAGGCUCCAAGUUGAGGACAGAGAACGACAUAAAGUGGAGUCUGACCCUGAAGAGCGAAAGUUGACGAGGGACAGGAAGGAGGAACAUGGUCCUUCCAGAGACUUGAUACAUAGGAGUCCUGUAAUAAAGAUCUCUUAUAGUACGCCGCAGGGUAAAGGUGAAGUGGUGAAGAUCCCUUCACGUAUACAUGGCUCCAUCGAGCCUUUUUGUCCACAUCAAACCCAAGGUAAUGGAAGCAGGGACCAGGAGAUGUCUAGGGACAUUGAGCGGUGUGAAACCCCCAAGCGGUUAACAGACCGGUCUACAAAUAGUCAGGUGGCUUCCAUUCCAAAGUUAAAGCUAACUAAACCUUUGCAUUCCAAUGUAGUUAUUCCACCUCCAAAAAUCAGACUAAAGCCCCAAAUUAGUGAUGGCCAAAGUGUUUCAGUCUAUAAGUCUGAGCUAAUAGAUCAGAUAAAUGUCAUGCAGACCAGCAGAGAGCCUGAGACUGACGCGUUUUACAUGGACAAUGCCACAGGUAGAAGUUUCCAAGACGUCUCUUUGGGAAGCUCUGGCGAGGACGAUGACUUUAAAGGUUUUCCACACAACAAUGAGGGACAUAAUUUAAACUUGCUUGUGAAUUAUCGGAAAAGGAAAGCCGAUUCGUCUAGCGCGUCCUUGUGCAGCAACGACAGCUUGGAGGAAUCCAAGUCGUCUUGCUUGGAAUUGAAUAGGAUGGAUUUUUGUGACAUUAUGCCCGGCGAUGACAUCUCAGUGUCGUCUUCUAAAGAUGAGCAGAAAAUUGUCCCGCCGCUAACGGUUAGGUUGCAUUCUAAAAGUGUAACAAACUGCAUUACUGUAGAAGGAAAGACUGUUUCAGUGGGGGACAUCGUAUGGGGGAAGGUCCAUGGCUUUCCUUGGUGGCCCGCACGUAUUUUGAGUAUUAAUGUGAACCAAAAGGAGAAUGGCGAUCCUUCAUGGCAGGAGGCAACCGUUUCAUGGUUUGGGUCUCCAACGACCUCCAGCUUGUCGGUUUCAAAACUGUCUUCUUUUUCUGAGUUUUUCAAACUGAGGUUCAACCGGAAGAAGAAAGGCGUGUAUCGGAAAGCUAUUGCCGAAGCUGCCAAGGCAACUAAUCAGCUGACUCCAGAAAUUAGGGAACUGUUAAUGCAGUGCGAAACGUAACCUUUAUUGCACAUCAGACAGCUGUUCCUCUAGAGUUUCACUGCGCCUAUAAACAUCCUGACAAACUCCCCUGGAGACUCUUGGGGUGGCUGCACUUCUGACAGCAAGAUGAGUUAUAUGGUCAUCUGUGAAGGACGGCCGUCACCUGGGCCUCGCAGCUGACGCACAGAAUUCUCAAGGACAUCAAACCACAAAUAAACCUGCUCUGUGUUUUUAAAUAGUAGUGAUGUAGUAAUGGCAAACAAACCACAAACUUAAUUUAUUAAAAUUUUUCUUUUCUUGUUUUAAAAACUACAAAAAAAAGAAGAAACUCCUUGCUGCUGCUUAGUUUACCGAGUAAUAGAGUAAAGCUACGAAACCUAACAUAACGAAACAGAAGUAUUUAAUCAAAGCCUAAAUAAAUAAAAAAAAAUACACUGUAGAAAUCUCACCAUAAGUAUCUAAAAGUUCUAAUGAAAUGUCUUCAGAAUGUCAUGAAUUGCACCUGUAUGGUUCUCUCUGCACAAAAUGUUUCUUUCUGAAAUCUCUACCAAAGGAAACUCUAGUUUCAACUAGUAUAAAGUAUUUAUUUAACAAA